AUGCUUCCUCUCUUCUUCAAAGUACUUCCUCUCUUCAUCAAGAUGCUUCCUCUCUUCUUCAAAGUACUUCCUCUCUUGAUCAAGAUGCUUCCUCUCUUCAUCAAGAUGCUUCCUCUCUUCUCAAAGUACUUCCUCUCUUCAUCAAGAUGCUUCCUCUCUUCUUCAAAGUACUUCCUCUCUUCAUCAAGAUGCUUCCUCUCUUCAUCAAAGUACUUCCUCUCUUCAUCAAGAUGCUUCCUCUCUUCAUCAAAGUACUUCCUCUCUUCAUCAAGAUGCUUCCUCUCUUCAUCAAGUGCUUCCUCUCUUCUUCAAAGUACUUCCUCUCUUGAUCAAGAUGCUUCCUCUCUUCUUCAAAGUACUUCCUCUCUUAUCAAGAUGCUUCCUCUCUUCUUCAAAGUACUUCCUCUCUUCAUCAAGUGCUUCCUCUCUUCUUCAAAGUACUUCCUCUCUUCAUCAAGUGCUUCCUCUCUUCAUCAAGAUGCUUCCUCUCUUCAUCAAGAUGCUUCCUCUCUUCUUCAAAGUACUUCCUCUCUUCAUCAAGAUGCUUCCUCUCUUCAUCAAGUGCUUCCUCUCUUCUUCAAGUACUUCCUCUCUUCAUCAAGAUGCUUCCUCUCUUCUUCAAAGUACUUCCUCUCUUCAUCAAAGUGCUUCCUCUCUUGA